AUGUAUAAUGCAGCAUCAUUAAGAUUCUCACGUCUUGACACUUCUAAACUUGUUGCAGUAGGUGGAUUUAUGGAUGCAUAUCUCAAUGCUUAUAUUGAGUGUUCUACUACGCAGACUCAUCCACCACCGAAAGUGUUUUUUUGCAAAAAGUUCUUUUUCGUUUUAGAUCCUCCUCCAGAUUUACCAUACUAUGUACGUAGGAAACGGGACCAUAUGCUUCCCCUCUAUCUGAGUCGAAGAAGGGAUUUACUUAACGAGAAGACGCUCGAUUUUGACUAUGUGGAACUUGUCACAAUGAAAAACGUAGAAGGCGAUGUUUUUGCUUGUGAAAAGGAUCUUCGCGAGUUUGUAGAAGAAGAGGUAGGAAAGCCUAUUGGAACUCAUGUUGACGAGUUGAAAGGAAGAAUAGUGAUAAAAGGCGUUGAUCGGUCACUUGUUGAGAAGUUUUUGUUUACAAAGGGAUUUUAG